CAGCAGCGGCCGCGGCGGGGGUUGGGUCUCUGGAGGGGAGGAGGCCGGCGCUCAGCGCCCCAGGGGACCCGAGGCGCCACACAGUCAGAGCGUUCGGUACUCGCGCCUGCAGAUCGUCCAACCACCAAGCCGACAGUGCCGUUCUAGGCGAAGCGACCCAGGCUGCGGUCAGUAGGUCCAGUCGGGCCCCACUGGUGCUUGACGCGGCCGUUCCGCGGCCCCCAGCGCGCAGUCCUCCUUAUAGCCUGGAAAAAAUGACAGAUUUUGUAGCUGUAUGGGAUGUUGCUUUGAGUGAUGGAGUCCACAAGAUUGAAUUUGAACAUGGGACCACAUCAGGCAAACGAGUAGUAUAUGUAGAUGGAAAGGAAGAGAUAAGAAAAGAAUGGAUGUUCAAAUUAGUGGGCAAAGAAACCUUCUGUGUUGGAGCUGCAAAGACAAAAGCAACCAUAAAUAUAGAUGCUGUCAGUGGUUUUGCUUAUGAAUAUACUCUGGAAAUUAAUGGGAAAAGCCUCAAGAAGUAUAUGGAGAAUAGAUCAAAAACUACCAAUACAUGGGUAAUGAACUUGGAUGGCGAGGACUUUAGAGUUGUUUUGGAAAAAGACACUAUGGACGUAUGGUGCAAUGGUAAAAAGAUGGAGACAGCGGAUGAGUUUGUAGAUGAUGGGACUGAAACACACUUCAGUGUUGGGAACCAUGACUGUUACAUAAAGGCUGUCAGUAGCGGGAAGCGGAAAGAAGGAAUUAUUCAUACUCUCAUUGUGGAUAACAGAGAAAUCCCAGAGAUUUUUAAAUGA